UAUUAUUUUUUUUCUUUUUCCUUUUUCUUAAAGGUGAAACGGGAGGUUGCGGUAUCACCGAUGACGUGGUGGAGUGGAUGGACAGGAUACAAAAUUCCGCGGAACCGGACGAGGAACGUCCGGUAACCGAGAAGAAAUCCGACCCGCCGCCGCCGGUCGUGAAACCGUGGAACGGUGAUCAGGAGUCGCCCGGUCACAAGUAUUCGAGGGAAGCUAACGAGCCUGGCUCGCACAGAAGGACGCGGAGGGCGACCAGGCCGAAGGAGGAUAAGAAGAAUAACACUUGUUCCCUUUUCAUCCAAACCGAUCCCCUAAUAUGGAGACACAUAUCGGAACAGUUACAUCACGACGCGGAGAAGACCAGGGAGGAGAUAUUGUCUCUGAUCGCGCACCACGUCACCGCGGUGAAUUACAUUUACAGAGACACCAGAUUCGACGGGAGGAUCAAGCAUAGAAACAUCAAGUUCGAGGUGCAACGGAUAAAGAUCGACGACGACACGGCGUGCACACCCCAACAAACGUACGGCGAGCCAAAUCCUUUCUGCAUGGAGAACAUCGACGUCAGUAACUUUUUAAAUUUGCAUUCGCUAGGAAACCACGAGGAUUUCUGCCUCGCGUACGUGUUCACCUACAGAGAUUUUACUGGCGGCACACUUGGCCUUGCCUGGGUGGCAUCCGCAUCUGGCGCAUCCGGUGGCAUUUGCGAGAGAUACAAAACGUAUACGGAAACGGUUGGAGGGAUGUACCAGUCUACCAAGAGAUCUUUGAACACUGGGAUCAUCACUUUUGUCAAUUACAACAGCAGAGUCCCUCCAAAAGUGUCGCAGCUGACGUUGGCUCACGAGAUAGGGCACAAUUUUGGAUCACCUCACGAUUUUCCACCCGAGUGUAGACCAGGUGGCCUCCACGGAAAUUACAUCAUGUUUGCGUCGGCGACGAGCGGAGACCGGCCGAAUAACAGCAAGUUUUCGAAAUGCAGUAUUGGCAAUAUCAGUAACGUGCUGGACGCUAUCGAGGAUAAGAAGAAGAAAAAUUGUUUCACCGCCUCUGCUGGAGCUUUCUGCGGUAAUAAGAUAGUGGAGGCUGGGGAGGAGUGCGAUUGUGGGUAUGACGACAAUGAAUGCGUGGACAAGUGUUGUUAUCCAAGGCAGAUAUCAGAUUUGGAUAAAAUGAAGAACGACACGGCGAAAGGUUGUACCAGAAAAUCCGGUACGCAAUGCAGUCCCAGCCAAGGGCCUUGUUGUUCGAGCGAGUCGUGCCAGUUCGUUCCCCUCUCCAAAAACGUUCAAUGCAAGGCUGAAUCGGAUUGCAGUUACAAUUCGACUUGUAACGGGCGAUCCUCCGAGUGUCCUCCACCAUUGCCAAGAGCCAACAAGACUAGAUGUAACGAGGGGACUCAGUUGUGCAUCAACGGCGAGUGUACGGGAUCGAUCUGCCUCGAAUGGAACUUGACCGAGUGCUUUUUAACCAGUAACGUAAUUCCAAACAUCGAUAAACGUAAAUUGUGCGAAUUAGCCUGCCAAAAUGGAACCGAUCCGUCGACCUGCCGUAGCACCAGCGAAUUUGCACAUGUGGUUGGUCUACCCGAAGGUGGAAUUAGCCUCAGACCUGGAUCACCCUGUGAUAAUUUUCAAGUAAAGAAGUUUUAAUUUAUACCGUGUAAGCAAAUGUAUCGUUCAUUUGUAACCGAUUAAUA